GGGAGGCUCGGGAGCGGGCGGUGACGGCGGCGGCGGCGCCAGCUCGGAGGAGGCUGCGGCUGGGCCCCGGACCCGUGCGUCUGCCCGCGAGCUGUGGAUGCGAAUCGGCCGCAGCGGCGGCGGAGGAGUCGGUGGGCCGGCGCCCGGCCGGUGGGAGCGCGGAGGAUGAGGCCGCUGCCGGGUGCUCCCGGCGUGGCGGCGGCCGCCGCGCUGUUGCUGCUGUUGUUGCCCCGGGCCCAGGCGGACGAGCAUGAGCACACGUAUCAAGAUAAAGAAGAAGUUGUCUUAUGGAUGAAUACUGUUGGGCCUUACCAUAAUCGACAAGAGACAUAUAAAUACUUUUCACUUCCAUUUUGUGUGGGGUCAAAAAAAAGUAUUAGUCAUUACCAUGAAACUCUAGGAGAAGCACUUCAAGGAGUUGAAUUGGAGUUUAGUGGUCUGGAUAUUAAAUUCAAAGAUGAUGUGAUGCCAGCCACUUACUGUGAAAUUGACUUAGAUAAAGAAAAGAGAGAUGCAUUUGUGUAUGCUAUAAAAAAUCACUACUGGUACCAGAUGUAUAUAGAUGACUUACCAAUAUGGGGUAUUGUUGGUGAAGCAGAUGAAAAUGGAGAAGAUUACUAUCUUUGGACCUACAAAAAACUUGAAAUCGGCUUUAAUGGAAAUCGAAUUGUUGAUGUUAAUCUAACUAGUGAGGGAAAGGUGAAACUGGUUCCAAAUACAAAAAUCCAGAUGUCAUAUUCAGUAAAAUGGAAAAAGUCAGAUGUAAAAUUUGAAGAUCGAUUUGACAAAUAUCUUGAUCCAUCUUUUUUUCAACACAGGAUUCAUUGGUUUUCAAUUUUCAACUCUUUCAUGAUGGUUAUCUUCUUGGUGGGCUUAGUUUCAAUGAUUUUAAUGAGAACUUUAAGAAAAGAUUAUGCCCGGUACAGUAAAGAAGAAGAAAUGGAUGAUAUGGAUAGAGACCUAGGAGAUGAAUAUGGAUGGAAGCAGGUGCAUGGAGAUGUAUUUAGACCGUCAAGUCACCCACUGAUAUUUUCCUCUCUCAUUGGUUCUGGAUGUCAGAUAUUUGCUGUGUCUCUCAUUGUUAUUAUUGUUGCAAUGAUAGAAGAUUUAUAUACAGAGAGAGGAUCAAUGCUCAGUACAGCCAUAUUUGUUUAUGCUGCUACAUCUCCAGUGAAUGGUUAUUUUGGAGGAAGUCUUUAUGCGAGACAAGGAGGAAGGAGAUGGAUAAAGCAGAUGUUUAUUGGGGCGUUCCUUAUCCCAGCUAUGGUGUGUGGCACUGCCUUUUUCAUCAAUUUUAUAGCCAUUUAUUACCAUGCUUCAAGAGCCAUUCCUUUUGGAACAAUGGUGGCUGUUUGUUGCAUCUGUUUUUUUGUUAUUCUUCCUCUGAAUCUUGUUGGUACAAUACUUGGCCGAAAUCUGUCAGGUCAGCCCAACUUUCCUUGUCGUGUCAAUGCUGUGCCUCGUCCUAUUCCGGAGAAAAAAUGGUUCAUGGAGCCUGCAGUUAUUGUUUGCCUGGGAGGAAUUUUACCUUUUGGCUCAAUCUUUAUUGAAAUGUAUUUCAUCUUCACGUCUUUCUGGGCAUAUAAGAUCUACUAUGUCUAUGGCUUCAUGAUGCUGGUGCUGGUCAUCCUGUGCAUUGUGACUGUCUGUGUGACCAUUGUGUGUACAUACUUCCUACUAAAUGCAGAAGAUUAUAGGUGGCAAUGGACAAGUUUUCUCUCUGCUGCAUCAACUGCAAUCUAUGUUUACAUGUAUUCCUUUUACUACUAUUUUUUCAAAACAAAGAUGUAUGGCUUAUUUCAGACAUCAUUUUACUUUGGAUAUAUGGCGGUAUUUAGCACAGCGUUGGGGAUAAUGUGUGGAGCGAUUGGUUACAUGGGAACAAGUGCCUUUGUCCGAAAAAUCUAUACUAAUGUGAAAAUCGACUAGAGACCCAAGAAAUCCUGGAACUUCGGAUCAAUUUUUCUUUCACGGGGGUGGAACUUGCACAGCAAAAAAAGCGCAAGAAGAGAUUUGGGCUUUAACCCUGGGUUCUUUGUGGGUCUCUGUUUCACGGAUGGCUUACAGUAACACCUAUUUCCAUUGAUCCUAGGUUCUUACUGACUGCUUUCUCCAACUGUUCACAGCAAAUGCUUGGAUUUUAUGCAGUAGGCAUUACUACAGUACAUGGCUAAUCUUCCCAAAAACUAGCUCAUUAAAGAUGAAAUAGACCAGCUCUCUUCAGUGAAGAGGACAAAUAGUUUAUUUAAAGCAUUUGUUCCAAUAAAAUAAAUAGAAGGAAACUUGGAUGCUAAAAUUACAUGAAUAGAAAUCUUCCUGGCACUUAGUGUUUCCACGUUAUUGAAAAAUGAUGUUCCAGAAAGAUUACUUUUUCUCUUAUUUUUACUGCCAUCGUCAACCUAUUGUGGGACAUUUUUAUAUAUUGAAAUCUGGGUUCUUUUUUGACCUUUUUUCUUUCAAUUCAGUUGCAUCCUUUUUUUAAAGAGAGAAUUAAAAAAUACAAUUCCUGCAUGUAAUAUAUCUCCUGUCAUCUUAGUUGGACCAACUUCCCAUUUAUUUAUCUUAAAGCUAUCCAGUUACAUCUUAAUUCCAUCCAAAGAAGAUACAGUCUGAAGAUAGAGGUGUACUCUCUACAAUGCAAUUUACUGUACAGUUAGAAAGCAAAGUGUUAAAUGGAGAAGAUAUUUGUUUUUAUUAAACAUUUUGAGAUUUAGAUAAACAACAUUUUAACUGAAUGUCUAAAGUGAUUAUCUUUUUUUCCCGCUGAGUUAGUCUUACAUCUUUUUUGGGUUUGAAUGAAGGCUUUACGUAAAAAAUUAUUAAAAACAUGGGGGGUGGGUAAUCCAUGUAUAUAACAUUAAAUAAUGUAACGUAGGUGUAGAUUCCCAAAAGCGUUUGGAUGUACAGGUUGACUACAGAGUACUUUUUUCUGAUGAUGAUUGGUGUAGAAAUGUGUGAAUUUGGGUGGCUUUUUACAUCUUGCCUACCAUUGCAUGAAACAUUGGGGUUUCUUCAAAAUGUGUGUGUCAUACUUAUUUUGGGAUGGGAGAUUUUCUUCUGUUUCUUUUCUGAGACUCCUACAGGAGCUAAAUUUGUAAUUUAGAAACACUUAAUUUUGUUAAUCCUGUCUGGGACACUUAAGUAACAUCUAAAGCAUUACUGCUUUAGAAUGUUAAAAUAAAAUUUCCUGACGAAAUUGUUUUGUGAAAAUAGAUGUGUUUGCAAUUUGAAAAUACCUGUUCAAUAGGCAAUACCACCGAAUGCCAUUUUUAAACUGUAUUAUAAAAUGCGCUUUUCUAAUACUGGGGACCGACACUUUAAAAUCUCCAAACUUGCUUACAUCUAGAUUAUCGAGUAUAGUCACAAAGUGAAUGACAAGCCCUUCUUGAAUUAAAUUGUGGCACAAAAUCUGUUCAGGUUGGUGUACCAUGUGAAAGUGGGGAUGGGGUAAAAGUGGUCAGCUUACUAUUGGAUGAACAACUAGAGGUUACAGUUUUCUACGACAAGUGAUACUGAUUUUGAAUACAUCUUUCGGGGACUGUCCAUAAUGUGAAGUUUUCCUAGAACCAUUGAGUUUCUAGUUUAAUAGUUUGCUAUGCAAAUGACCACCUAAAACAAUACUGUAUAUUGGUAUUUUUAGAAAGACUCAAAACAGCUGUAUUUAUACCUUAAUGUACAAUUCAUGCCAUUAAUAGUAAGAUUUUUUUCAUUACAAAAUAUGUUUAUCUAAAUUGAUGGACUCUGCAUCCUAUCAUGUGGCAUGUAAGGCUUAUGAAGAGGGGAAAGCUUGCUUUCUUACUACCACUAAGUAUGGUGGAUGUGAACAAACAUAAAUUUGAUCAGAAGCUAGAGGUAAAUCCUCUUUUUCAAGCCAAAUGUUCUAUUAAAUGUAAUCCAUAUUUCUUCCAUUUUCUCUUCCUUCUUACCUGCCUUUAAGAUCUUACAAGAAAAGAAACUAAAAAUCAACAUUUAAUUGCUUUUAUUAGAUAACUUUUUACUACAUGUAAGGUACUUUUAACAUAACAACACAUAGUCUAUCUGAUAGAGUGUAAAUUGAACAGCAAGGUUUUGUCUUAAUAGAAUGAAGUUUGUUUGUCAUGAUAUGACUCUUG